AUGUGGUUUUGUUUAUUACUUCUAUUUAUUUCAUUUUGUAAUGGUGAGUAUUGUCAAAAAGUGGAAGGGAAUGAUAUUGUAAUCUAUGAAAAUACUUUUUGUACUGAUUCUACUUUAACUUCAAAAGAAUUAACAGGAGAUUAUACGAAAUAUUCAUCAGUUAUUAUUUCAAUAAAUAAUAAUAAUUGUGGAAAACUUUAUUUUGGUUCAAGAGAUAAUACAUUUAAAGCAAAUAAAAUUAUUGUACGAUUAGAAGAAGGAAAUACUAAUAAUUAUUCUCUCUUAUUUAUGAAUAUUGAAACAAACAUUGAACUUGAAUUAAUUAAAAAUUCUUAUUCAUUUGAAAAUGUUCAAUUUACUUUCUUUAAUGGAAAUAGUCCAACAAGAAUAACUGGAGAUGCUGAUGAGUUGUUAGUUAGUGGAAAUGAUAAUUAUAAUUAUAAUUAUCAUUUACCUAUUCAACGUACUUACUUCAAUUCAAAUCCUAUUAAUUUAAAAUUUAGUUCUAAUUAUGGUAUACAAUAUUUAAUAUCAUCAUAUGAAGGAUCAAUCAAUCAAUUAACACCAAAAUCAUCAAAUGAUAAAUAUUUCAGUCAGACAUGUGAUGGAAUGAAAGAACCAUAUCAAAUAAUCAAAUUCAUUUUAACAAUUGAAACAUCAAAUGAAGGAACAACAUUAAUUAAAGAAGUAGAAAAUAAUGAUAAAUCAAUUUCAACAGUAAUUAUUUCUUCUUCAAAACAAUUAACUAGUUUAACUAAUAUAGAAUUUUCAAGAGCAUCAACAAAGAAAAGUCAAAUAAUGAUUAUAGGAAUGAAAGGAAUAACAUUAGAUAGUAUUGGAUAUAAGAAUUGUAAUAUGAUGAUUUAUAAAGAAAUACAAGAAUGUAUUCAAUGUGAAAAAGGAUAUUAUUUAAAUUCAAAUAAAGAAUGUCAAUAUAAUUCACAUUGUAUUAAAACAAAUAAACAAAGUCAUUGUAUUGAAUGUGAAUAUGGAUAUUAUUUAAAUUCAAAUAAAGAAUGUCAAUUAUUACCAGAUAAUUGUGUUGCAGGAUAUAAAACAUAUUGUUAUCAAUGUAAAGAAGGAUUUAUUAAAGAAAAUGGAGAAUGUAAAGAAAUUGAUAAUAAAUGUAAUAAAUCAGAAAGAAAUUAUUGUUUAAAAUGUUCAAAUGGAUAUAAAAUAGAAAAUAAUCAAUGUAAUGGAGAUAAAGAAGAUCAAUGUUAUUAUGAAGGAAAUAAAUGUGUAUCAUGUUCAAAUAGAUAUACAUUAAACAAUAAAAAAUGUUCAAAUAAAGAAAAGAAUCAAAAUGGAAAGAAUGAAGAAAUAUAUUGUGAAAAUGGAAAAUACAUUGAUAAUAAUAAAUGUAUAGAAUGUUCAAAAUCAGAAAUAUGUCAAACAAAUGAUAUUGAAAUAAAAUGUAAAUAUGAAGAAUAUUUAGAUAAUAAUAAAUGUAUAAAUAAAACAUGUGAAAAAGAUAUGAUAAAAGAUCAAAAUGGAAAAUGUAAUAAUAAUAUUCAAAAUUGUUUAAAUAAAUCAUAUGUUAAUGGAAAAUGUGUUGAAUGUUUAAAUACAUAUUCACCUAAUUUGAAGGGAGAAUGUAUUAAUACAACAAUAGAAUAUUGUGAAGAACAAAAUACAUAUGGAUGUAAAAGAUGUGAAGAAGGAUAUUAUUUAACAAAAGACAUGAAAUGUUUAAAAUGUGAUGAUAAAUGUGAAACAUGUUAUGGAACACCUACAUAUUGUAUGAGUUGUUCUAAUGAUAAAUAUUUAAGAAAUGAUAAAACAUGUCAAUCAAAUGAAGAAUUAAAUGAAACAUGUUUACAAAUAUUAGCAGAUGGAAGUGGAUGUGGAAUAUGUAAUAAAGGAUAUUAUAGAAAUGAGAAAGGAUGUUCAAAAUGUGAAAAAGAAUGUUUAACAUGUAAUCAAAAAGAUAAAUGUAUAAAAUGUGGAGAAGGAUAUUUUAUGAGUUCAACAGGAAUAUGUAAAUCAACAACAACAAUUAAAGGAUGUAAAGGAGAAAUAGAUAAAGAAUAUGGAUGUAGAGAAUGUUUAACAGGAUAUUAUUUAAUAAAUAAAGAAUGUUCAAAAUGUGGAAAUAAAUGUAUAACAUGUUUAAAUGAGAAAGAAUGUAAUACAUGUGAAGAUGAAUAUAUAAUAAUAAAUAAAGAAUGUAUUCAUUAUUCAAAUAUUAAUAAAUGUAAAGAAACAAAAAAUAAUAAAUGUUCAAAAUGUUCAUUUUGGUAUGGAAUCAAUGAAGAAGGAACAAAAUGUAAUAAAGAAAUCGUAUGGUGGAUGAUAAUGAUAAUUAUCAUCAUUAUACUUAUUAUCAUCAUUAUAAUAAUUAUAAUUAUAAUAAUAAUGAUUAAUUACAUUAUAAAACGCAAAGAAAAGAAAGAACAAGAGAAAACAACAACAAUAUUUAAAAUUUCACAAUCAAAUAUCAAAUUCAUAUCACUUGGAGAUGGAAUAAUAACAAAUAAAAAAGAAAUAGAAAUAGGAGAAGGAGAAGAAAUUGAAGUAAAUAAAGAAAUCAGAGAAUUAAUAUGUAUUGGAAAUGAAAAUAAAGAAAAAAAGAAAAUACAAAUAAGUAGUAAAGAAGAAAAUGAAAAAUAUUCAAUUAGAAUCAAACCAAAUAUCAUUACAAUUGAAGGAGGAUAUGCAUGUGAAUUUGAAAUAUUCAUUACAAUCAAAUGUACUACUAAAAUUAAAGAACAAAUAAUGAUAAUUAGUAAAACACUUAAUAAAACACAAGAAGAAAUAAUUAAAAGUAUUUCAAUUAAAGGAGAAACACAAAUAUCAACACGACUUGAUCCAGAUGAAAUAAAAGAAGAAAAUAAAAUAGGAGAAGGAUCAUUUGGAAUUGUAUAUAUAGGAGAAUUUAGAGGAAAUCAAGUAGCAAUUAAGAAAAUGAAACAAAUUGAUAAAGAUGAAGAUAAAAUGAAAGAAUUUGAGAAAGAAGUAAUGAUGUUAGAUAAAUUUCGAAGUGAACAUAUCAUUCAUUUUUAUGGAGCAGUAUUUAUUCCUAAUAAAAUAUGUAUGAUAACAGAAUAUGCAAAAUAUGGAUCAAUACAAGAUUUAAUUAAUAAAAGAACAAACACUGAAAUACCAAAUAAAAUAAGAAUUAAAUUCAUGCUAGAUGGAGCAAAAGGAAUUUCAUACCUUCAUUCAAAUGGAAUACUACAUCGAGAUAUUAAACCAGAUAAUUUUCUUGUUGUAACACUUGAUGAUAAUAUUGGAGUUAAUUGUAAAUUAACAGAUUUUGGAAGUUCAAGAAACAUUAAUAUGAUGAUGACAAAUAUGACAUUCACAAAAGGGAUAGGAACACCAAAAUACAUGGCACCAGAAAUAUUAAAUCGAGAACAUUAUAAAAUGGAAUCAGAUAUAUAUUCAUAUUCAAUAACAAUGUUACAAAUCAUUACAUGGGAAGAUCCAUUUCCUAAAACAUUGUAUCCACAUCCAUGGGAUAUUGCAAAUACAAUAUCAACAGGUAAACGACCAACAAUAAUACAAGAAGUUGAAGAAGAUAUUAAAGAAAUUAUUGAAAAAACAUGGAAACAAGAACCUAAAGAAAGAAUAAGAAUAGAAGAAGUAGUAAAAAUGUUAGAAAUAAUUGAAAAUAAAGAAUGA